CCUCAUUCUUCCCCAUGGGACAGAACCGCUCCCGUCCCAAGGCAGACAAUGAGUUGGCGCAAGAGUUUGCCACCCGGUUCGUCCGCGGGUGGAGGACCGAGUCCAAGGCGCUUGCUGUGCCCGGCAGGAAAGAGCUGGUGGAGGCGGUGGUCGACGUUCUCAAAGCCGUCCCGCGCGAGCAUGCAGUGCUGGAGCUCUCGUUUGCCUGCAUCCAGUUUGAUCCUCCGGCGUGGACAGCGCUGGUGGGUGCGGCGACGGCUUCGCGCGGGCUCUCGCAGUUGGUGCUGGCUUCAAAUGGGCUUUCAGCCCGCCACGCGCCGGCGCUGGCCGGUCUCGUUGUUCAGGCGCCGAGUCUGCUGCAGCUCUCGCUUGAAGGCAACAGGCUCGGGCUCGACGGCCUCGCACAGGUGCUGCGGGUUGUGCCGAUGGCGCGCAUUCUGCGGGAUCUCAACAUCUCGGCGUGUGUUGUCCGCGGCGAGUGCGGCGACGAGCUGGUCGACCUGCUUGUCGAGGCCUACGCCGGCUCUAGCACGUUGGAGAUGGUGGCCAUGCGCGAGUGCAACGUCUCUUGGCACGGCUUUGCCAAGCUCGAGGCUGCACUGGAUGUCAUCCCGCAGAUCUCGUACGUCGACUUGGUCGAUAACCCGCUGUCGGGCGUCAACCGCGAGCGACGCGUCGCCUUUGCGGCCGCCCUCGAGCGCAACGCCGCGGUAUGGGGCGUUGUCAAGGGCCUCUUUGAUGCGAUGUACGUCGAGAUCGGCGCCAAGCGGCGGGCGUCGUUUGCAGCGAGCCAGAUUCGGCCAGGGCGUUCGGUGUCUGUUGUCGACGAACAACCAGAGCGUGACUUUGCGGCGCAGUCGGUGUACAAGAGCUUAACGCCCGGCCAGCGCCUUAUUGGGCGCAGCGGCACGCCGGCCACCGUCGCGGUUGCCCCCGACGUGCCCGAUGCAUUGCCCAACGUGAAUGACCCGCGCGAGCUGGAGGCUUCGUUUGCCUCGCCGGCGCUGACGCUCUUUGCCUACGACAUGCAAGGUCGGCGGCAGGAGAUGGAGGAUUCGCUGGUGACGGUCUCGGGCUUUGGAGGGAGCGAGGCCGUCGACGUACUUGGCGUGUUUGACGGCCACGGCUCGACCGAACCCUCGCGCUACGCCACCCGCAACCUCCUGCCGCUUCUUGCGCGCGAGCUGGCGCAGGCUGCUGCUGGUCCGUCAGCCGGUGCAGCGGAUGACUCGGCCACAGUGACGACCGGGCAGAUGCGGUUUGCGCUCUCGUCGACGUUUGUCGCACUCGACAAGCUUAUGACGCCGUGGGCGGUCUACUCUGGCACAACCGGCUUAGUGGUGGCGCGGGUUGGCCGCGCGCUCGUCACCGCCAACGCCGGCGACUCGCGGGCGGUCCUCGGUCUUGCUGACGGGAGUGCGAUUCGGCUCUCGGAAGACCACAAGCCCGAGCUCGCAUCGGAGAAGAGUCGGAUCGAGGAGGCCGGCGGCUUUGUAGAAGCCGGCCGGGUGAACGGACGGCUCGGUGUGGCCCGCGCGCUCGGCGACGGUCUCUACGGCGACGCCGUCACCGCGCAGCCGGGCGUGACUGUCACAUCGCUCGAGCCAGGCGUGCUGUGUGUCAUUCUCGCAUGCGACGGCGUGUGGGAUGUGCUUCCUUGCCGCCGACGGUAG